AUGGUCUGUACUAUAUAUCUGAAUAAUAUGGUUGUUACAGUGGACUACCAAAUUUUUAUAGAGCAGCGGCCGGUUCUUUUUGAAGACGGUAGAAGGCUUCAAUUACUGAAUUCGUGGGAGCUUGAAGACUCGGGUGGUGUCAAGUCAUUAGAUCUUCGAAUCGGUGUUAUUCCCAUGGUUGGAGACCAGAAAAAUAUGAAAAGGGUUUCGAUACAUUAUUAUGGAAGAUUAGCGGCAAAACAAGGAUGGAGAUUCGAUUCGACAUACGAUCACAAAGAUGAAACUGGUGUACCAAUUCCUUUUGCUUUCAUCGUUGGAGCUUCUGACAAUGUAAUCUCAGGGAUUACAGCAGCAACAAAAUCAAUGAAAGUAGGAGGAAUACGUCGAGUUAUAAUUCCACCAUCGCAAGGUUAUCAGAACACAUCACAAGAACCCCUCCCACCAAAUUUUUUUGAUAGGCAGAGAUUGUUCACGACGAUAUUUAAUCCAACACGUCUUGUCAGACAUUUCAAAGGCUUAACAACAAUCCCCAUCUCACCCGCAGAAAACUAUGACAACAUCUUUAGCUAACUAUAUAUAUCCUUAUU